AUAUUCACCAUACCACAUCAGAUCCUCUUCUUCUUUACAAUAUAUAUCUUUUCUCUCUCUCUCUCUCUCUCUCUCUCUCUCUCUCUAAUGGAGAACUACCAAAUACUCUUCCCAUCAUCAUCUUCAUCUUCUUCACCUUUUCCUACCUUCUCAUCCACCAUGUUUCAAAACCCACAUCUCUUUAACAGCUUCCAUGCCAAUUCAAAUGGGAUGUUGGGGUUGAAGGCUGAGGUUGAUGGCCCACCACCACCAAGUGCUGCCACAAACAAUAUCUCCCCUCCAAUCGGGGCCGUUGCUGGCGGAGCCCAGAAUGAAGAGAGACAAGGGAAGAAGAAGGGUGAGAAGAAAGUUAGGAAGCCAAGGUUUGCUUUCCAAACAAGGAGUCAUGUCGAUAUUUUGGAUGAUGGCUAUCGUUGGAGGAAGUAUGGCCAAAAGGCUGUCAAGAAUAACAAGCAUCCUAGGAGCUACUAUCGAUGCACCCAUCAAGGAUGCAAUGUCAAGAAGCAAGUUCAACGGCUGUCAAAGGACGAAGGGAUUGUGGUCACCACCUAUGAAGGAAUGCACACUCAUCCCAUCGAGAAAUCAACGGACAAUUUCGAACACAUCUUAAGCCAAAUGCAAAUCUACUCUGGCUUCUAAAAUCUUGGAGUGAAGAGAGAGAAAAAAUACAUACACCCACAUGUGACAAUGUGGCCCACACUUCAACAUCAGAACCUUUCAUCAUGUGGGUCCCACUGUAUAGACGCCCUACCCAAAAGUCCGGCCCAUCCACCCAUCAGGUCAAACACAGUAUGCUAAACAAAUGGAAGGGGAGAGAUAUCUUAGUUCAGCCAUUUAUUUGUUUUGUACACUGUAACCCACCUUAUGAGUGAGCAGGCCUGUCUUUUAAGCCAGAGAUCCAUGCAGUGUGGCCAGCCUGAUGGAUGGCUUGGAUGUUCCACGUGUCACAUUGCCUAAUUUAUGUAAAGCAUAAUACCUUUUCGUUAGACCUCCAAACAUGAAAUAGAUAACGGUGUGAAGAAUGCCAAUGGAUGUUAUAUGUUUAGCACUUAAUAAUUUGUUUGUUUAUGUAAUCAUGUUGAUAUGAUGAUAUUACAAUUUUUAUUUGAAUCCAUAUUCAGAUGCUUGCCCAA